AUGUGGUGGACUAAGAAAGUAGCUGUGCUUUUGUCGAAAAAAGCUACUUUAAAACAAAGACAAAAAGAUCUGAAAACGCCAUUACAUGUAGUUUGUAGAAAUGGAAAUAGGAGCCUGGCUGAAUUGUUGUUGAAUAGAAAUGCAAAGGUUAAUAUAAAGGAUAAAGCUGGACAUACUCCUUUACAUUUAGCUACAUUGAAAGGAUCUGCUGAAGUAGUUGAAUUGUUACUUAAAAAUAAUGCUGAUGUCAAUCUUGCUAACAAUAAAGGUCGAACUCCGAUACUUUUAGCUUGCGAGAAAAAACAGAAAGAGGUUGCUGAGUUACUUUUGAAAUAUAAUGCUAACAUAUUAAUAGACAAUGAAGAAGGAAAGCGUCCAAUACAUUGUUGCUGUGAAGUAGGAAGUAGUGAAAUAACCGAGCUGUUACUUGGUGUUGACAUAAAUCAACGUGAUUCACAGGAAUCUACCCCACUCCACUGGGCUUAUGCAGACGUUUCUCUCUAUACUAAAUAUGGAAAUACACCACUUCAUAUUGCUUGUAAUAAUGGCCAUCAAAAUAUCACCAAUAUGUUGUUAGAAUACAAGGCAAAUGUUAACUGCACAAAUAUAUAUAAUAAGACACCACUUCAUGUGGCAUGUGAACAUGGUUUUCAAGGCGUUGCUUCCCUCCUUUUGGUACAUGGAGCGGAUUCAAGAGCCAAAGACAAAGAAUCAACAACUCGUUUCCAUUACGCCUGCUUAUCUGGAAAUGAAAAUAUAGUUGAAGAAUUAUGCAAACAUGGUGUUUCAGUUGAUGAAACAGAAAAAUAUGGUAGGACACCUCUCCAUAUUUGUUGUGAACAAGGUCAUGCAGGCUUGAUAACAAUACUUAUGCGAUAUGGAACAGAUAUAAAUAAAAAAGAGAAAGAGGGUUUAACUCCUCUGUAUAUUGCUUGUCGCGAGGACAAUGUAGAUACCUUUCAACUGCACUUGACACACGGUGCACAUGUAAAUGAAACGGAUAAAGAUGGAUGGACACCACUGUUUUUAGCAUGCAAAGAGGAUAAUAGAGUAAUGGCUAAAAUUUUGAUAACAGAAGGUGCAAAUAUAAAUCAAGCUGAUAAAGAUGGCAUAACACCUCUUCAUUUGACUGCUCAGGCUGGAAAUGUUGGUCUUACGAAAUUGUUACUUGAAAGUCAGGCAUCUGUUAAUAUGGUGGAGAACUUAGGUCAGACACCUCUAUUCAAGUCUUUAUCAGCAGUCCAUGAAGAUGUUACUGAACUAUUGCUUCAAAAUGGUGCAUCUGUAAAUGUGUGUGACAAGUUUAAGAUGACGCCUAUUAAAUUUGCUUUACAGAAAAAGGACAAUGAGAUAAUAAACUUGUUAAAACAUUACAAUGUGGAGUAAAUAUGAAGAUGAUAGAAUAGGAUUGAAUGUCAACUUAUAUUAAUAGUUUAUGUUAAUACUUAGCUAUAAUAGGUAAACAGAGUUUUAUUCUUAAUUCCUUUGGCGAAAAAGAAGAAGUACAUGUAAUAUAAAUAUUUUAAACUCGUGGUAGUUGUAUACAUUCUUCAUCUAUAAGAAUCAAAGGUAUAAUGAGUGAGAAAAGAAAACUUUUUCAAAUCCUUUAUGAACGGUUUUUAUCAUAACUAAUGUAGUCAUACUUUGUUAUAAAUGGCAUAUUCCUGUACUUUCUCAAAUUAAAACGGAAGUUAACUACCAAUCAGCACUGAACUCGCAAACACAAAAAAAAAUCAGUGUAGAGUACCCAUAUUGUGCAGUCAUCACUUCCUUUCACAC